AACCUGUUUGAUCGGAAGCAUGAUAUGAGGGAAUGAUGAAACCGAAGAAUCGACGCUUUUAGUUCAGUUCACUUUUCUCUUUCUUAACUUUGAUCAACAAACAGGUCUUGCGCACGGCAUAUCAAACAAGAUUUCAUAAAUCUUCAUUAUUGUGGACUACAUAAAGAGACUAUGAAUACUACGAGCUGUCUCCUUUAUCUGUUAUGGGGAGUUUCCAUGUUUCAGUUCAUCACCUGUUACAGUGAUGGAAGUUUAUUGGACGACCAGUGUCAAGGAAUGAACAUUAAUCAUGUGGAUGAAUCUGAUGUAGAAAUACCAGCACAAAACACGGAAGCUCCUUUUAAUGUCAUACCAGAAGUGCAAACCUUCAACUAUUCUCAAAUAGGGUCCACCAUUACUGUGUCACUUACGGCUAUCAGUUCAGUUUCAUUUAAUGGUUUUAUGUUGGAGGCUCGUAAGUGUGAUAGCUGUCCACCUGCUGGUACUUUUAGUUUGGUUGACUCUAGCAGCACACUCCUGAUCUGUGAUAGCAGGGCUGUGAGUCACACUAAUAAUCUAGAUAAAAGAUCCAUCACAGUGCAAUGGGUUGUUCCUGAGAAUGGAACAUUCUACUUCAGAGCUGCAUUCACUAAGGACUACUUCACGUUUUGGCGAAGAAAGCCAAUAAUACUUCCGACGACUGCACCUACAACUGUGACCACCACUGUAAAACCCACUACAAGCCAAACAGUCCCAUCAACAUUGCCUCCAACUUCAAAUACCAACUCUGCCCCAGUUCCAUCAACAUUGCCUCCUCAGUGUGUGGAUUAUGUGAGAUGUGUUUUAGCACUGUCACUUGUCAGUCGUCUGUGUUUUCUUGACUCCUCUCUCCUGAUAAUCAUCAGGCCAGUUUUAAAAAUGGUCACCAUGAUUGGCUCUGUCUUUGAACUAGCAUUCAAAAUUAUUGCUGUCAUCUUUGUACUGAUAAGAGCAAUUCAAUAUGUGUGUGUGUGUGAUUGUGCUGGUUUGGAGGUUGCAUUGCCUACUUUGACAGUGAUUGCAAUGGUAACAAGCUUGCUGCACACCAUCACUGUUUUCCUUCACUGUGGACCAAGCCAUGAGCUAAGGAAGUACUGGCUGUGCAGUCUCAUAACUGUGGACCUACUAAAUACUUGCAUUACAACGGUUGCAAUAUUUGUUGGACUGCGGUGCUUUCAAGAGCACUGGCUGUUAAUUUUAAUGGUAGUUUAUUUCAUUUGGGAGAUUAUGCUUUACUUCAGCUCACUUUGCUGUGACCAGAUGGAAAAAUACCAGAUAAGAAAAAAAAGAGAAAAUCGGAUUCUGGAAAUGAGGAUAUCCCCAUGGAUCAUUUUGUUUAUCAUCUUCUCCAUGCUUAGUUUAAUGUUUACAAUUGCACUUAUUACAGGAGUCUCUUCGGAAAGAAUGAUAAUGUGCUGAUCGAAAUACUUUAGAUUUGUAAAAUGAUAGCAUUCUGUGUGUUUUAGCAUUGUUUUUGUUGUCAGAUUACUUGCAAUUUCUUAUCUGGACCUUUAUUGCCUUUUUAUUACACAUUAACUUUUUUCAUUGCACAAGAUAAAUGUGUUGUUUAAAUGCGUUUAUUUAGAGGGAUUUUUUAUUUUUGCAAGUUUAUAUAGUGUAUUUUAAAAGAAAACUGAAGUAUUUAAAAGGGAUUUCCUUCUCUUUUCUUUAAAACCUGUGAGUUGUGUGACUGCAAAACUGGCAAACAGACGUGUAUCAUUUCAAAAUGUUAUCAAAAGUAAAAAAUCUGUAAAUAAUAAACUUCAUCUUGAUUCUA